AAAUCGUAUUCCUGGAGAAUGUGGCAACACCGCAUUAUUGAUCCUAUAUCCCAUCCCAUACCCAUAUCGAAAUCGUGAAUUCAACAUGGCCGAUGCGGCAUCCGAGUUUUGAGUCGGUUUUCGUUUAUAUUUUAGGUAUUUCUUUAGGACUUCCAGUCGAUUAUAUGCUUUUGGAUUCAAAGGAACUUCACGAUUUAGGGCCCACACGCUAGACAUAAAGAUCGCGAGUGUUGUGACAGGAAUCAAAAUGUUGAAACAUCAGUUGUCGAACACCUAAACUGCAAAACUGUUGUCUUCCAUCACAAGUAAUUAUCAUAUAGUUAACUGAAGAAUAUAGUACCAGGAACAUGGAUCUUACACCAAUGGAAACUUCAGAUUCUGUAAGCAUGGACCGAUUUUAUAUGUCAAAGCGCCACAAAACACAGAAUGUCACCAUUCGCCUUCACCGUAGACAAGUAUUUGGAUGCAAAUACAGAGGCACACAUUUUCAUAGUGCUAGGCAAUUCUAUCAGAACGUGUUCCCGAAUUUCACUGUGAUUAACGUAGAAAAACCGCCUUGUUUUUUGAGGAAAUUCAGUCCAGAUGGCAAGCAUUUCAUCGCCUUUUCUGCAGAUCAAACCUCAUUGGAAAUCUACGUCUACAAAGGUCCUGCAGCUGCAGCAGACCUGCUCAAAGGCUGUGAAGAGCACGAUGAUGAAAAAAAAAGAUUUGAAAUACAGAGUAAGAUGUUUGACAGAUUUUUUGCAUUCAAACAUAGAGUUAAUGUUGCGAAAGACUCGGAACAGUUGAACAGAGAAUGCAGUUUAUUUAGUGAGGAUGGCCGAUAUGUCAUUGUUGGAUCCGCAUCUUUUAUACCAGAAGAAAUUCGACCUCAUUUUUAUGAAAUAUACACAAACAAUGAGUCAGUUACACCAAACUUACAAUCGCCACUUGAAGAUUAUACAUUGCACUUGGUCGACCUGCAUCUAGGGAAAUUGUGUGAUACACGGCAGUUCAAAGUGGAUAAAAUUUAUUUGUCACACAACCAAGGAUUGUAUCUGUACAAAGAUACAUUGGCCGUGUUGUCAGUUCAACAUCAGGUGAUACAUAUCUUCCAGUUGAUUGAUGGUAUGUUCGAGGACGUAAGAAAAAUCGGACGCUUUUGCUACGAAACUGACAGCUACUUCUACAACUCUGUAUACCCUUCAUCCAGAGCGUUCAGAGAGACGGCGAUAAACUCUCUCAAGCACAGACUGCUGGCAUUUUUGUAUAAAAGGGCGGCAGAGUUCAGUCGAAGAACGGGCGAUCCCACAGAAUUGAGAAAGUUUUUCCACUAUUUUGACAACUUCAACUCUUUGAAAAUGUGGAAGAUGCAACUACUGGAUGAGAAUCAUUUGUUGAUAAAAUACGCUAGUGAGGAUGUGGUGACUAUGAAAUCUACAGAUAUCAACAGCCAACCGCAGUUCUUCGUCGUGUACAAUAUGAAGACUACAAACAUCCUGGCAGUGUACGAAAACACCUCUAAAGAGUUGUUGCAAUUAUUCGAAAAGUUCUGCGAUCUCUUCAGGAACGCAAACGUGUACAACGAGACACAGUUCACGUGCAGUCCUUCGAAUAAUAUGUAUGCAAGACAGUUGCUGAACAGGUUUAAGCAGACGAUCAUCAAUGCAAAGUUUGGAGGUACGACUGAAGCGACGAAGAGGUUGUUGGCACAGCUGCCCAUCAGUGCGCAAUCAUACAGCACUUCGCCGUAUUUGGAUUUAUCGUUGUUCAGUUAUGACGAGAAAUGGCCCAUAAAAGCGCGACAGAAUAAAUCUCUUUGAGACGAGAAGAGUUUCUUGAUUAAACACCAUCUAAUUCAGCUACGCGUACGAUAUGUCGUGGGCGGGAUGGCCCGGUGCUGCCGGCGCCAUGGCUCACCAAUCGGCGCUGUUGCAGACGCCUGUCAAUUCCGCGCCACCUGUCAUGGCACCGGGUGCCUCGGCAGCGCCCAACCCCAUGCAGUACACCCCGGAACAGUGGGCGCAGGCGCAGCAACAGAAUUGGCAACAGUGGGCUCAGUGGCAGCAGCAAUAUCAGCAGUGGCACCAGCAGUACGGAGCUGAGUACCAAAAAUCCUUGACGGCGAUGCAAACAGUAGCAACGGGGGUACAACCACCUCUUCCUGUUAGCAUGCCCGGUGUAACUGUAGCUCCCCAACCCCCACUUCCAACUGAGAAUCCUCCAUUACCCCCUGAAGAAACCCCCAAACCACCAGGUUAUAACACGGCACCUCCUCCUUUGAUGGCGCAAGGUCCGUAUGGGGUAUCCGGACACCAACAACAAUAUGGAUUCGGAAUAGGACAGUAUCAACAAGAACCGAGGACGCCUCAGCAAGCACAGAAGAGGCCCUAUGAUCAGCGGGCUGAUGCUUACCAGGAUCCCUCGAAAAGACCAUAUGAUGGGGCUGGGGCAAAUAGACCUGGAGCAGGUGGACAACAGUGGCCAGCUGGUGGUGCAGCAAAAACGCCUUUAGCCAACCAGAAAUUCAACCAAUCAGCACCGCAAGCAACAUCAACGCCAACGCGUUCCGAUGGCGCGGCUGCUUCUAAGCAGAACACUGAAGAACUCUCCGAGGCAGAGAAGAAGUUUGAUAAGGAGUUCGCCGCUUGGGAAGCGCAGUUUAAUAAGUGGAAAGAGCAGAAUGUCAACCAUCCAGACAAGGCGCAGUACAGGGAGUACGAGAAGAAGUGGGAGUCUUGGAGGAAUUCUCUACUGGAGCGCAGGGAGCAGAUGCGUAAGAAGAGGCUCGCUCUGGCGGAAGCAGCCAGCGCUGCAACUCCAUCUACGCCAGCCACAAAACAAGCCGCCUCUGCUCAACCUACCCCCCCUAUUGGAGCCAGCGGUCGCGAAACGCCUUACGGUGGGGGCGGUCGCCAACCACCUCAGGGAAGCCAGAAUCGUUUCGGUGCCGGAGACGGGGCAUCGCCAUAUUCCAAACCGCCUCCAAACGUUGCCUCAACCACCUAUGGCGAUGAUGCGCUGGGCAGGGGAGAUGGUGGGGGAGAUUUCUUGAAGACAUCGGGCACUUCGGCUGGUGGGAUUCCCGGGUUGGAUCUGGUCAAAGACGGGGAUGAUGAUGACGAGACGUCGAAAGGUCACAGCCAGGAUGGAGAUGUUAUAGAAUUGGACAAGGACGAUGCGAAGCGCGACGUCGCCUCAGCCCGACAACAGGGACCGGACUUCGCGGCCAUUUCCAAGGGCAUCAACACCAUCCUGGGCGAUCAAAAGCUGCUCAGCAUGUUGUCGAAGGUGUCGCAAAACCAACCGUUGCCCGGUGCUGGUACUCAACCGGUGCUUACUGAUACAAUCGCUGGCGGAUUCACAGGAGGAAAGCCUGACUAUAGCGCCCCACCCCCUUCGUUCCAGAAUUUCAGAAGUGCCCCGCCUCCUGGUAGUGGUGGGUAUUCGGUACCGCCUCCGGCGUUUGGCGAUGCUGCGGGACAGAGGAGCAGCUAUGGUGGAAAAGGGCGUAAUGAAGGGGACUACUAUGACGAAGGGGAACCAGUAAACAACUUUGAUGACCAGACGCAAAGUAGCUUUCAUGACGAUGGAUUCAGAAAUAAUAGAGGCCCACCUCCUAGCGCCAGACCUCCAUCGUUAAUGGCAUUGGGCGGCGGCAAACUAGUUCCGCCCACUCAAAAUGACCGAUUCGGAGCACCACCUCCCGAAGAUCGAUUUUCCGGUCCGCCACCCAAUGAUAGAUUCAGCGGCCCGCCUCCAAACGACAGAUUUGGAAGACCUCCUCCUGGUGACAGGUUCGGAGGACCGCCUCCCGGAGACAGAUUCGGAGGACCGCCUCCGAACGAUAGAUUUAGUGGACCGCCUCCAAGCGAUAGAUUUAGUGGACCGCCUCCAAGCGAUAGAUACGGCGCUCCGCCCCCCCAAUCAGCAGGUAGGGGAGCACCAGAAGACAAGUUGCAAGGAAGGCAGUUGGGCAACAACAGGUUCCAGGAUAGAGGUGACACGGGAGGCAGAAAUACCGGAAACUUUGGCAAUAAAAGAAACAGUUUUGGUCGAAUUGAAAGUGGAAACUAUGGGGAUUAUGAUGAAUAUAAUGAAGAAGAAGAUUAUGAUAAAUAUCAUGAAAUGUUUUCUGAAGAUGAUCAGAAUCAAGAUAUGCCGCCAAGAGGAGGCCGAUUUGGUCAGCAAAAUGAGAGAGGAGGUUGGUUCGGUUCUAAGGAUGAUAGAGGACGCUUUGGUCCUCAAGGCGGAAGAGGAGGCCGGUUCGAGCAAGACGAUAGAGGAGGUAGAUUCGGUGAGCAGGGCGAUGGAAGAGGUAGAUUCGACAGUAGGGGUGAUCAGUUCGAUGACAACAUGGAGGAAGAGUUCGAUCAAGAACCUCCUAGGGGACCUCCACCACUUAUGCAACGGAAACCGAUGGACCUCCCACCUCCGGUCAACGAAGCUCCGCCACCUUCAGUAGUCGAGGAGCCUCAGUUGGAGUUUGAGAUCAUCGAUUACGAUCACAAGUCCAAGAAAUCUUCCGAUUUUGAGGUGAUUGUGGAGCCGUCGUACAUGUUCGACUACCGCCACAAGCCACUAAAUCGCAUCCCUUAUCCGCAAAGACCUGGCUGGUUAGCAGAAGCGGUGAAAUUCAUCAGGGAAUUCGAUCCUUUGGCUCCUUUAAAACAGCACUAUGAACGCGUCCCCAUACCCAAGUAUGAAUGGAAUCCGAAUGAACACAUCCCGGGAAGAGAUAACCGAAGGGAUGUCAGGAUGGACGAUAGAAACAGAUUCGACAGAGACAGAUACAAUAACGGUAAUAGAAGGCACAUAGAAUCAUUCGACGCUGUUGGUGGUCGUAGAGGAGACAGACCGAACCGCGGAGGCGGUUCUAUGGAAAGAAAUAGAAAUGAUAGGGAAAGAUACGAUGACAGGAAUGAUAGAAAUGAUAGGUACGACCGAACCGAUAGGAAUAGACCCGAUCGACGAAGGAGAGACUUUAGAGAUAAUGAUAGACCGAUGUUAAGGAAAGAGGACCUGGAAGAAUUGUCUGACGAUGCGCUGGACGAGUGGGAAAGGGACGAUAAUUAUGAAAAUAGGAGGAGUCCUAGUCCGAGUAUGGGUAUGAGCAAUCCACCAAAUCCCGAACCUGUAGCACCUCAAGAAGCUAUGAUUGAUGAUAUUUUAAGUCCACCAGGACGGUUCAACCGACCACCUAGGAUAGUGAUCAUUCUUAGAGGACCUCCUGGCAGCGGAAAAACGUAUUUGGCUAAGCUUAUUAAGGACAAAGAGGUUGAACAAGGCGGUUCGGCACCUAGGAUCCUCUCCUUGGACGACUAUUUCAUGGUAGAGCAGGAGCAACAAAUAAUGGAAGACGGUAAGACGCAGAUGGUCAAAGAAAUGGUGUACGAAUAUGAAGCGGAAAUGGAGGAGUCCUAUAGGACUUCUUUGAUGAAGUCCUUCAAAAAGACCGUCACCGACGGCUAUUUUCCCUUUAUCAUUGUAGAUAAUAUUAACGAUAAGGUUAAGCAUUUCGGGGAGAUGUGGAGUUUCGCGAAACAGAACGGAUUCCAGGUGUAUAUCUGUCAACUGGACCUAGACCCGGUGCAAUGCACGAAACGCAACAUACACAACCGAUCCGAACAGGAGAUCGAAGACAUAAUAUCCGGAUGGGAACCAACGCCGAAUCACCAUCCGACUCUGGACGCGUCCUCUCUGCUUCAAGGUGAAGGUCCCAUCCAGGAGGUCGAAAUGGAGGUGGUAGAAGAAGUGCAGCAGGGAGGAGUAGGAGAUAGCACGGAGGGCGGUGAAGAUCAACAUGGAAGUGCUCAGGAUGACGAAGAUGAACCGGAGGACCAUGUAGGCAGCAAAUGGGACAAUUUCGACUGUUCUUUUAAUAACCUCGCAAGGCUCGAUGGGGUCAACAAACCGCUCAAACGAUCCGGAACCAUGGAGGACUACCUCAGGAUGGAGAAUGAAUGGCAGCCGCCCGUAUCAUCCGUUCCGGGGAAGAAGAGGGUUCGGUGGGCCGAUCUGGAAGAACAGAGGGAACAGGCAAAGAUGAGAGCAAUAGGUUUCGUCGUGGGGCACACGGAUUGGAACAGGAUGAUGGAUCCUACUAAGGGAGGAUCUGCGCUCACCAAAACAAAGUAUAUUGAAAAAGUAAACAAGAGGUUUUGAAUUGAUAUUAUUUCGAAUUAAUCAUGCAAUUUUCUUCUGACUUCGUAGCUGACAUUUUUUUAACGAAGAUUCCGGGUUCAGAUGCUAUAAUCGUAUAAAUAUUCUCGAAUCACUUUGAGCUUCAGCUAAAAUACUUGUCUAUAGAUGAAAAUUAAAUAACCCGAAAAUUGAUAUACAGUGGUUACACUUUAGGAUCCAGCAACCAGACAUUGUGCAUCCGGUGCGCGUAAUACGAAUGUGAACUGCUAUCACUGUAAGGGUUUGAGGUAUCCCAGAGGUUCAAAAAUACGUUUUUAAUUGCUUUUGAUACGUAUCUGGAAUCCAUAUCUUUUAACUUUAGAAAAUAUCGAUAAAUCAUAUAUUAGUUUGUUUGUCGAAAUAUGGCCACGAAUGUUCAGGAUAUAGAAAACUGAUAUAUUUCAUUGAUAUUUAAAACAAGACAAGGAGUGUCAGUCGCGAAUUGGCUCGAUUUUUCUGUUUUUUCCUCUAUUGGCAUCUAUUCUCUUGAUAUUUUGUGAAAAAUAUCUUUGGCGGUGUCAGUUAUGAUAUCCAACCUAAGUACACAUUUUUGCUGUACUUUAUGACGAAAUGACUGUUGACAUAUAUGUCUUAUUGAAUUGUAUAGUUGACUUAGCAAUUAAAUGAUAAAAAUAAAAGCUUUCAAUUUACCAUUUUGUUAUUUUGUUACAAACCAGGAAUGAAUAUUAUACCUGAGCAUAUAAGUAAUUCGCGUUACUGUGAAGUGGAAUUUGAUCAGGUUUGUACAAUUUUUACUCACAUGUAAAUUUAAUGCCAACAGUGGCCAAAGUAUGAACAUUUUUGUCUGUUGUUAAGGAAUCGUAACUCUUUAAAACUUUUUGCUCUUAUACUAGCCUAAUAUGUAUUUAUAAAUGUAAGAAAUAGUUAAAUAUUUCCUUUUUCUAUCGAUUUGUUAGUUUAUUUGUAUUAUAUUUGAAUGAGUUAAGGCACUGUACGUUUUUACUUUAAAUGUAUUUCA